AUGGACCUCAGAGCCUCCAUCUCCCUUCUACUGCUGCUGCUGAUUGGCCUGUCCCAGGCUCUACCUGUCACGGAGAAUGAGCUUGAGCGUGGCAUUUCCGAAGAUGAGACUGAUCAGAUUCUGGACGUGAACAAUGGCUCCAGUGAACUCCUGAUGGAAGGAGAUCUUGUGGUGCCCAAAACCAGAAAUGCUCUGGCCUGCUGGAACAACCAAUGCCUGUGGAGGAAGUCCCGCAAUGGGACAGUGGAGGUGCCUUUCACAACCAACAGUGCUUUCUAUUCCUAUUACCAAUUCAAAAUUAGGAGGGCCAUGGAUGUCUUCCAUAGAACAACGUGCAUUCGCUUCGUCCCUCGCUCCACAGAGACUGACUAUGUUUCUAUUGAGAGCAGAGAUGGGUGCUUCUCGUACCUGGGCAGGACAGGUGGCAGACAGGUGCUCUCCCUCAACACCAGAGGCUGUGUUCGCCACGGCAUCAUUCAGCAUGAGCUUCUUCACGCUCUGGGCUUCCAGCAUGAGCAGUCCAGGAGCGACAGAGACAAGUAUGUCAGGAUCAACUGGCAGUACAUCAGGCCAGAAACCCGUGGCAACUUCGCGAAACGGAACACUAACAACCUGGACAUUCCAUAUGACUACGGCUCUGUGAUGCACUAUCGGAGAUAUGCUUUCACCACCACGAGGGGAAGAGAGACAAUCACACCAAUUCCAAAUUCCAACGUCAAAAUUGGACAAAGAACGGGAAUGUCGAAAAUUGACAUUCAACGGAUCAACAAGCUAUAUCAAUGUUGACGAUAAUGACCAUUCAAUGUUUCCAUGCUGUUUUCAAUGAAAUUGAAAUUGUAUUUUCAAAAUAAACCAUACAAUAAAACAUUAUUAGCAAUCCAUAGUAAAGUAUAGUAUAACUGUGGCAUUUUUAUAUGAACAACUUCAUUACAUGAACAUGAAGUACAGUAAAUUCUAUUAAGUUUUCAUGAACAUUUUACUCAAAGUCUACAGAGUCUACAUUUUGGGCUUGUUAUUUUGACAGUGCAUGCUGUGUGUAUGGUGUUGUGUGUAUGACCAUUGACCAUGGAUAUGAUAUGAUUCACUAUACAUGGUU